AUGGCAAGCCUAAACUGUACGUGUGAUAAUGUUGCUCUACCCGUACAAACGAUAAGCGUUCUUGAGUCCAAACAGAAGAUUAGUGGGGCGCAACACGGGGAGGGUAAGGGAAGAGAUGUUCAUGCAGGCAACUUUCAACCUGUCGAUACCAACAGUAUCCUUCUUGUCACAGUGGGAUGCGUGCAAGAUGGUUUCAACUUCACCAUUACUGAGAAUACCAAUGAAAAUUUCACUAAAAAGGCAAAGCGUAAUACUAACUACCAGUACAACGGCAAACGGAUCCCGAGCAAGACGACGGAGGGCGAUGCGGACUAUUACACAGCAGACACCGCGCAAAACAAUGCCGUUGGGGGACCGCUCAGAGACCUGACCGAUGGAGCUCCCACUAAGCCCUCAAAAUCAGAUUUCGCCAGCAAUGUCACCCGCUUCUUCGAAUCGCGCAAAAUGAAGGUGGCGAAGAACCCACCCCCUCCACCUGCGAGAAUCAUCAAAGCCACGACGCAGAAUUCUGCCGCCCUCGAGAAAGUCGGCCAGAAAUUGACCUCGUCAAGGCGUAGCGGACCCUCCUACGACGACGCGUGGGAUAUCCGUCUGGCGCGUUUUGGCCUUCAAACCUCCGCGUCGACACAGCAGCAGCAACAGCGCCAACAAGGCGGCCGAGGACCUCCGGAUGGUGCAGCCACAUGUGAGAGCAUUUGCUCGCUUACCUCCGCCCCCUCUUCCGCCAAAGUCGUGGCACUCAAUUCCAGCACCAUCUCGGAUUCUAAUGUUGCUAAGGUAGUGACCACAUCCACCGCCCCCGCCAAUGCCACCAUCUCAACGUUCACGUCGUCUGCAGUACAAUCAGCCAAUCAGUCGAACACAAACCCUAAAGCAGUACCUGCUGGCAAAGGUGAUUAUGCUCUUCCUGCCGAAACCGAUCCGGCCGAUGGUGUAGCAACUCCAACGCCCCUCAACAACUCCAAUUGGUUUCCACCUCCACCCCCUACACCGCUUCAUCUCUCACUGCAUGCCAACGAGCCGGUGGACAGUCAGCCGGGGCGUUAUCAUGAGCACUGUCGCUCAUUCGAGAUGGAUGAUGACCAGAAAGUGACUAAAGUGGAUCCCGGUGAUGCAAUCACGCUACUUCCACUUUCGCCGACAUCAUCACCGCAGGAAAAUAUCACCGUCAAUGGGGGUGGACGAACCUCGGUUGCAAGCUUCCUCCUCAAUCUGCCUCCCCCACCUCCUGUAACCGAUCUCUCGACAGAGCAACCUCCUUCUCCCCCAGCCAUCCCUCCAAGGGACCCCAAAACCUCGAUCACCGCUCCCAUUGACCCACCUAUAACCGACCUUGACGGCCAGCCACCGGUGUCUGAGGCCGUACCUAUCGUCAAGUCGAAAGAGGACUCGGAGAGGGUGAAGGUCCAACAGCGUCAGACAAAGUCUGGCGUCGACGGUCGGUCGGUGGUACCCUGGGAACGCGUCGCGCCAGCCACCGCUACGGCUAUCGAUUUUUCUGGUAAUCUACCUCAGUGGGUCCCUCCACGGCAUUCGGAGGCGGCAGCACUGCAUCAUCGCGCCCCACGGUCGAUCGGGCACCGAUCGUCGAAGUCGCAGAGCGGCUGUGAGGACCUCACUGAUGGCGGCCUUAACUCAGGUCCGCUUAGUCUUGUCGCUGGUGGUCGCUCACAGUCGCAGCACCGUGGGCGUCGCCGCACCACUCGGAGCUUCGGUGACGACUUUGUGGAUGCCGCGGAGACACCCACAAAUGGCAGCUCCGGUGGUAGACGCGCUGUACGUAUGAACUCGGACUCCUCGGGCAUGGCGGAAGCGCGCACAGUGGUCGCCACUGGCGACGUUUGGGCUGCCGCUGUGGCCUGUGAUGUUUCAUUCAUUGACGCUGAUGGGGUUGAGGCGUUGAAUUCCACGGCUUUAGUGGCGACUCGCAAUGAGUCAGCGGGCCAGUUUGUGCGCGUAGGUUGCGAUGUUCGACACCAUCCAAGCGCUCGCUCUAGCGCUCGUCAUCAGCGCCCCUCGGGAGCCAAUCAGCGCAAAGCUCUCGCAGCUGCAGCAGUUGCGAAUGCGGACAUGAUGACACAGUCGCUCAUCAACUGGCCUGGUUGUGACGACGCCUCUUCAAACUCCUCCAACCUCCACGACCAGCGUCAGCAACAGCGCAUCUGUCGACGCAUGAAGGCCGUUCAUCUCACCGACUCGGGGCUCGUCCUCUCGCCCCAGGACGCCACCUCCUUACCUGUCUAUCAUGGCCGACACGUCUUCUUCUCUUCCUCUUCCUCCAACACCACCUCGCCUGGCGAUGUGCCUCCUGGCGGAGGCUACUUCUUCCAGAGUCAAGUCUCCUGUCCGCCCCAUAUAGGUGCGAAGAUGAGUGCUGACGAGGGUGUUUGGGCAGAUGGUCGGGUGUUUGAGUACCAAACGGCGCCCGCCCAGGCCUACAUGGUGUGGCCGCAGCACCAACUUGUGAGCGGUCAACGUAGACGACAGCAAAACCACUACCACCAUCCCACGCAGCCUAUCACCGUCCCUACCGGGGAUGAGGCUGGCUUCCCGAUGGAGAGGAGGUCGACCUCCACUAAGGUCGGUGUGCCACACAGUGGGCGACCGCAGGUCCUUGUUACUGGACGUAAUCGUGGCAAAAGAGCGGCUGAUCUAGCGGCUCUAGUCUCUUUGCCGGUUGAGGAACAACCGUGGUUUCACGGUCAUUUGCCACGUGCGGAGGCUGAGUCGCUACUUCGUUCAGCUCCUCCAGGCAGCUUCCUUGUGCGCACUAGUGAGACCAGCAAGGCCGCAUUCUCUCUGUCCAUAAGGCGCGACCGGGACUUCUUGCACAUGAAGAUUUCCUACGAUCCCAAAUCCGAGGCCUUCAUUCUCGGCGAGUACAGUCAACCGUACCCCACUGUACCCAUUAUGGUUCAUCACUACACGCGAAAUCUCUUGCCCGUGCGAGGCACCAAACCGGUACUCCCUGAUUUGCAUAUUUGGGAAGGCGAGCUCCCCUACCCCUGCCCAUGUCCUGAACCUCCCGUCCGCCGUCUUUCCAUCCUGCGCUACGGCCUCCGAUCGACGUACAAUGCCCGCACUAACAAGAUUCCUAAUCUGGAUAUACAAAUAGGUCAUUGGGGCCAACCUCGUCCGUCUGCUCAGGUUUCGCAGUGA